AUGAAUCCACUUAUUUAUGCCGCUUCCGUUAUUGCUGCUGGAUUGGCUGUAGGGCUUGCUUCUAUUGGACCUAGAGUUGGUCAAGGUACUGUUGCGGGUCAAGCUGUAGAAGGUAUCGCGAGACAGCCCGAGGCGGAGGGAAAAAUACGAGAAAAAUUCAUAGAAUUAGAGGAAUUCGUCUUCUUAGAGGAAAUGAUUAAGGAAUACUCGGAGACACAUCUACAAAACCUUCAUAUAGGAAUUCACAAAGAAACAAUCCAAUUAAUCAAGAUACACAACGAGGGUCGUAUUCAUACGAUUUUGCACUUCUCGACAAAUAUAAUCUGUUUCAUUAUUCUAAGUGGUUAUUCUCUUUUGGGUAAUAAAGAACUUGUUAUUCUUAACUCUUGGGUUCAGGAAUUCCUAUAUAACUUAAGUGACACAAUAAAAGCUUUUUCUCUUCUUUUAUUAACUGAUUUAUGUAUCGGAUUUCAUUCGCCCCAUGGUUGGGAACUGAUGAUUGGCUUUGUCUACAAGGAUUUUGGAUUUGUUCAUAAUGAGCAAAUUAUAUCUGGCCUUGUUUCCACUUUUCCAGUCAUUCUAGAUACAAUUUUCAAAUAUUGGAUUUUCCGUUAUUUAAAUCGCGUAUCUCCGUCACUUGUAGUGAUUUAUCAUUCAAUGAAUGACUGAAAAA